AUGGGAAACGAAUGCAGCUGCGGAGAAGUGAACAGCGCGAAAGCGAGAAUCUCUAACGGAGAAACGAACAAAAAGCUGCAAGAUUUACACCUGUGCUGGGAUGAAGACGUGGGAAAAAAUCUCCUAAGCGAAGAUGAAGAGACGGAAGACGACAACUAUUUCUAUCGUUUGGAGAAAAGAAAAAAUAUGAACAAGUCAGGUGAAAAAGGAAAAUACAAAGAGGAGGAACAUGUUAAUAAAUGGAACAUUUUUGGAGACGAACUGGAAGGAGAUUACACCAUUAACGUGAAAAAAAUACUCAUGUAUGUUAGGGAGUACGAGGAUGAUUUUUUUGUUUUCUUUAAAAAGAGAAACGCUACAAGUUUGAUUUUCUUAAAGUAUAUAAUCCUAAAUUACCAAAAGUACAUGCUGCGCAUUGGCGAUACAGGUGUGGUGUACAUCGGGGAAGUCAGUCCAACUAAUGAGAAGCAUGGGUUAGGAGUGAUCAUUACACCUGACCAGUGCAUGUACAUAGGGGAGUUUGAGAAGGAUCAAAUUACAGGGUUUGGUUUGUACGUCCAUUUCUCCAAAAGUAUUUAUGUAGGACACUGGAAAGGAGGCAAGACAAAUCACUACGGAAUAUUUACCCACACAGAUGGUACCUUUUACAAAGGACUCUGGUCCAAUGACAAGCAAAAUGAAAAAGGAAUUGAGCAUGUGUAUGCGAACUAUGUCUUUUUGGGGAAUUACAAAAGAGGAGAAAAAAAUGGCUUUGGAGCUUUUAUUCUGAAAAAUGAGUCCAUGUACAUUGGGCAUAUAGAAAAUAAUUGCUUCUCCAAAAAAGGGAUUUACUUUUUUAAUAGGAAGAAAAUGUACAUAACGAACUGGGAGAAGAACUGCAUAGGGGGUGCUUGUGAAAUCGUGUGGUUAGACAGGAGACAGUUUUACGGCUACCAUUCUACCAACAAUAGCAAGGAGGGCAUAGGUAUUUACAAGUGGAAUGAUGGCAGGAUCUAUUUUGGAAACUGGUCUAACAAUAAGCAACACGGUUAUGGGGUCUUCAUUGUGAUCAAGCAUAUUAGGGAAUAUGAACGGAGAGAAAAGGCCCCCUUUUUGUUCUUUUUUCAGCAGACAAGAAAGGUGAAGGAGUAUUUCUUUUUAAAUCUUUUAAAGGAAUCCUUUUUUGAGAAGGGCCGGGUGCGUGGCGAGCUGGAGAGGGCCAUCUGGGGAGAAGCAGUAGACCACUAUACGGCACACUGUUCCGCUUCACAAGAGGCUUCACCUCAGGAUGGAUCCCCAGAGGGAAUGACACCCCAGUGUAACAACCUGGACGCAUACCUCUUCCUAAGGACGCUGCUAUGCAUGAGGUAUUACCAGACCUGCUGCUCCUACUUCGACCGCCUCGAGAAGAAAAAGUGCAACAGCUUCAAAUUUAACUGUACCUUCUAUGAAAGGGUGAAGGAGCACAUUUGUUCCGUGACGAAUAGCUACUUGAAUCGGCGCUCGGCGCAGGAGCGAUGGGGGGGGAGCGACUCGCCUGCGUGGAGCGCCCUCCAGGGGGAGGUAGGCCACACGAAGGGAGAGGGAGAUUAUACGAGUGAAGAGACCGGCUACACGGAUGAAGACAGUGACGGCACAGAUGAAGAGAGUGACGACACGGAUGAAUGGGAAGAGACGAAUGGAUGCAAUGGUGAAGAGACCCAUCAGAGGGGCCACCCCUUUGGAGAGAAUUCCCCCCAGAAGACGAAUCACACAAAGGAUAACCACCCCCCCUUCGAAGACAUUGAACUUUUGAAAAACUACCUGAGCUGCCUAAACCUGAGCCACGUCAGCGAAGAAGACAUCACCCCCCAGAACCCCCUGUUCAAAUUCGCAUCUAGUAACCUUGUCCUUAAAUUGGGGAGGUGGCAAAAUGGGAAGUUGCAGGAAUGGAUUCACUCCAGUGAUAAUUCGCGCUCAACGGGCGGUCGCGUCAGGGAGCAGGCAGGCAGUCGGCCAAAUAAGCAUACAGUGAUGGCAAAUGUGAAAAAGGAAAGAAAGACAAAAAAAGGACGCACGCAGGAAUUGCUCCCCAGACCUUGUAAUCGCUGUGUGAUUGACAAAUUUUUGGACCGCAUGUCCUCCUCUGAGGGGGGCAGCAAUGGGAGUAGUGAGGAGGACAUGUACAAGAACGGUCAUACGAGCCACCAUGUAAGACGGAAAAUGAACCCCCAACCGCACAACCACCACAACGAUCGGGGGCACACCCCAUUCGGCGCUGCUCGCACCGGGGAACCCCCCGAAACAGUGCCCAGGAAAGGCCUUCCACGGGGAACCUCCCCCAUUUUACAAGGCCACAAAUUUCAUGGCGAACAAGGAGUCCGCAUCGCUAGUGGUUCAAGUGACACGAGUGGGAGAAGUUCCUUGGAGGUGACAUCUCCCAUGUCCCAUUUGAGACAUGGUCACCAGGCCACCAGCUCUGUCGUACAGGAAGAGAUGGAUGUGCAAACUAGUUUCACCGACACGAACAGCAUAAGGAAGGGAGUAGAUCUAGGGGGAGUCCCAAUGGCAAGCAUCCUGCACAAGGGGAGUUCCAGUACAUAUCAGGUUACCAAAUCGAGUGAUAAAGUGACAACCCAAGAGAGAAAAAUAAAUCGAAUGAACAGAGGGAUCAUCCACAAGGGGGAAGAUUACGAAGGAGACGUGGACAGUACUCACGAAAUUAAUGUGCGGCAUGCCUUGCAGGGGGAGCAGGGGUCCCAUCUGGGGCAGGAAAGUAACUCUAUAGGGGGGAAGAAACCCGAACAACGGAACAGAAGCGCUGGCAAAAACGAUUCACAUGGGGUCAGCAUAAAAGAUGCACGUAGGGUCAACAAAUUGCGCCCUCAUUUCCCGAGCCUUCCAGAGAAAGACGAGGAAGGCAUCGUGUCCAGUGUCACUUCUCACAACUACGAUUUGCCAAAGAAGGGGUUCUCCCUAAUAUGGAGUUUAAAAAGGAUGAAGAAUUCCCAUUUGUCCGCUAAUGAGCACAUAACAUUUGAGGCUCCGCAGGCGUAUGACGAUGAGAAAGACAGCCAGUCAGGGGCAUGCCAUAAGAAGAAGUCCUUUUUUGGAAGGUUCCUGCGGGGGGCACGCCGUACCGGGGGGGAGGCAAAACGGGAGGACUAA